AGAGAAGUUUGUGACGGUGUUGGAGCAGCGGCUGGUGCGACCCACAGCUCCUGACCUUUCACCUUUCACAGUGUUUGUUCUGAGCAGUAGUAAUGGACGGAAGACGUGACCCACCUUGUCGCUCCGCAGGCCCCGAGAGUUAACACGGCAGCGCGGUUAUCACAGUAGACGGAGAAGCUGAGCUCCAUGACGUCCGGAGGGGACUGCACAGUGGGAUUGAUGACUACAGAUCGGCUGCUUUAGGGGUGCAGCGCUGCCCUGACCAGCGCCAUGCAGCAGAAGGGCGCCAUCCAGAUCAUUGAGUGGGAGGACCUGGACAAGAGGAAGUUCUACUCCCUAGGCGUGUUCAUGACCUUGACCACCAGGGCCACCGUCUAUCCAGCCAGCCUCAUCCGCACUCGCCUCCAAGUACAGAAGGGGAAGACCCUCUACUCUGGCACUUUCGAUGCUUUCUGCAAGAUCCUACGAGCAGAAGGUGUGCGAGGCCUCUACCGCGGCUUCAUGGUCAACACCUUCACCCUGAUCUCAGGACAGGCCUAUAUCACCACCUAUGAACUGGUGCGUAAAUAUGUGUCCCAGUACUCACCCAGUAACACGGUGAAGUCUGUGGUGGCAGGAGGGGCAGCGUCGCUGGUGGCUCAGACCAUCACUGUGCCCAUAGAUGUGGUGUCUCAGCACCUAAUGAUGCAAGGACAAGGAGAACACCUGACUCGCUUCAAGGCCAAACCCAAACUGAUGCUUGCAGCGUCGAAGCGCAGUUUGACUUUUGGGCAAACUCGUGACAUCACAGUGCAGAUAUUUGCAGCAGACGGCUUCAAGGGAUUUUAUAGGGGCUACGUGGCCUCGCUACUCACGUACAUCCCCAACAGUGCACUCUGGUGGCCUUUUUACCAUUUUUAUGCAGAGCAGCUCUCCUUACUUGCACCUAGUGAGUGCCCCCAUCUGAUUCUGCAGGCCUUGGCAGGACCAAUGGCAGCAGCAACCGCCUCCACCAUCACCAACCCCAUGGAUGUUGUUCGUGCCAGAGUACAGGUGGAGGGACGAUCCUCUGUCAUCGAGACGUUCAAGCAGCUGCUGGCUGAGGAGGGCGUCUGGGUGAUGACCAAGGGGCUGUCGGCCCGCAUCAUCUCCUCCACGCCCACAUCGGUGCUCAUCGUGGUCGGGUACGAGACGUUGAAGAGACUGAGCCUGCGAGCUGAGCUGAUUGAGACCAGACACUGGUGAAAGGCGAGAAGGAACAGGACAGCCUCGCUGUAGCCUUCAACUCAACAGACAAUGACCCAGAUCUGUCUCUAGUCUGGGAAGCUGCUCCGCCGUUGAGCUGUGUCCACAUGCCUUUUAGAUCCAUGUUGUUUUUAAUACUGGCAGGAAGAUGCAGCAGAUGGAGAUGUUUGUGUUUCGGUACUCUUGGGAGCUGCAAACAUUACAACGUUGUCAUUUUCCGUUUGUCAGACCUGUUACUAUGAAAUGUGAAGAUGUUCAGUCAGUGGAAAUGGUUUUUGCCAAAACUAAAUUCACUUUUGAAAAAAAAGGUGACAUUGAUACUAUCUGACCCACUGAAACAUGUACAUAGCUCCGUGACUGUAUAUUUUGACACCCAGUGACUGUCCCAGUCUCUUUUUUUUCUUCAAUGAAUGGAUUUAGAAAGGAAUCCUUCAUACACAGCAAGUCAGGGUUAUUGUUUCUUGCCGUGUACCAAUGCAGCAUGAAGCUUGUGAACAUUUGGAGUAAAUCAGCUGGCUGCAGAUUUUAAAAGAGAGCUACAUAUACACAGGAAUCAGUUACAGUAUACUGUCAGUAAAAUAUGUAGUAUCUGGAGUAAGUUUUUAAAUGUGCCAUAAUCUGGAGAAACUAUUUUUUCUGUCCUGAAAAGCACUUAACAGAAGAAAAAAUCCUGCAUUCCAGUGAAAAAAAAUAUCUGUGCAGAGGUUCGACAUGUAAACAUGCUGAUCUGUCGUCAGGCCUGAAUGAUAUUUAAAUGUCAUUAGAUUGUACAGAAGAAAUCAGUAUAUCUUCAGUGUGAAAAUUAAGCCAAACGAUAAUAUAUUUGAUGCUCUGUUACAGCAAAUAUGAUCUAGAAGCCUCUGUGAAACCUGCCUUAGACUAUGUGAGGUUCACUGAUGCCUUUCUGUAAACCCUGUCUGUGAUUUGUGUUCCAACAGUCUGUGAAGUCUGUAGGGCAGGUUUCAGUGUGAAUUUUCUGUAUACAUGUGUUGGUUGGGCCAAUCAGUCAAGUGUCUUUUUGCACCCGUUGACUCUGCAAAACAAAGAGUAGCUUGAUGAGAGCAGGAGGAAAAAUGAGAAAAGCGUUGAUGAACAGGAGAGGUGCACAUAUGAGGUUACAGGCCUUAGACCACGUGAAAGAAUCCAGUAUUUUCUGCUGUCGAUGUACAUUAUUUAUCCUGUUUGGAUGACUGGGGAUCAAAUCUGCUACUGUUCGGUUCCAGCUGCACACUUACCGUUUGGUUUAAGCUGAUGAAGGCAGAAGAAGAGUAACGGCAGCAGCAGGUCACCAGCACACAAGACUAAAAUACACUGUUGCCUUCAGAGUUCACCAGACACUUCAGGUUAACCUCAUACCGUCAUGUCGCGGAGAAGCACAGAAAUGUAGUCGUGUUCAGACUUGACUAGUAAACUACUGCCAGAAAACACAUCUCAGUGAUCUCUGACACAGUCUGCUCUUUUUUUAAUAAACUGUUUUUGCAAACAUCGAUUUUCAGUUUGAAGGCAAUGGUCAUGUGGGUAACAACAGUGAUCUCGUAUCCUCCACAGUUUCUGAAAAGCAAAUAAAAUGAACCUUUUGCCUGUGAGGAGGAAUUCGUGUGUUUCACUACGGCUAAAUUUACAGUCUACCUGCUGUAUCAAAGAAUUGGAAAAACAAACAAAGAAAAACAGUUUGAUGUGUUUUAAACAUUGACAACUUGUGGACUUUGAUGAAAUGUAAUAAAGACUUCAGAAUCACUGCCA